GGAUUUACAAACUAAAUUUUUUCACAAUAAUUUUGACCUCAAAUUUUCAAGUGAUUGACCGAGAAUUAUUUUUAUAUUAGACACAUGGAGGACAAGUAUUUAUUGAGGGGGGAAUCAAGCAUGCUUAAUGCGUAUAGAAAUUAAAUUAUUUUUUUAUUUCUAUUAAAAUUACAAUUCACAUAUAAAACACGUACGAUUAAAUUAAAUUCCUCCUUGUCCCAGUAAAUAAAAAUAACUUUCAAUUGCAAAAUUUCUGUCAAUUUCAUUACUUAUCUUUCCGAAAAUAUAAAAUUUAAAAAGUUAAUAAAAAAAGAGAAAUAAAAAAAAAUAUAAUAAAAAUUGAUAACAGUAAUUUUUUUGAAUACAAUGGAGCAAUUUUUUUACAACUUUCAAUUCUUCUUUAACGAAAGUGAGUCUUGAUGAAUUCGUGCUCGAGAAAGAAGCAUCUUGGUCUUGUAAUUCAGACAAAAUGAUGAGGUUCACAACGACAAUCUUCAUGGCCAUGUGCCUGAUUGCUCUAGUCAGUUCAAAUCCAUUACCAGAAAAUGAGGGACUCCAAUCAAAGGUAUUAGACCGCUUAGUCAUGGUCGAAAGUGACAACGACACAGCUCAAAGAAGUAAAAGAACUAUUGGCAUACUUCGUCAAUUAUUUCCUCAAGUAUCAAAGAUGAUUGAGGAUAAAGUCAACAAGAUUGUUGGUGAAGUGAUCAAAGCAUUGGGUCCAGCAGUUUUACGUGGUGCACUUGGUGCUCAAAGAAACAUGAAAAAUAAAAAUGAUGGUGGUGUUAGAAAUAAUGGUGGUGGUAGUGGUGAAACAGUAACAGUACCAUUGCCAUCAUUUGAUGAUGAUGAUGACGAUGAAGAUGAGGAUUUAUCAAUAACAAAUGACAUAUCAACUGGCAAAACAACAACAACAACAGCAACAACAACAACAACAAAUGACAGUAAAACUGGUACAGAGAUAACAACUGAUGAUCAAUCAAAGACAUCAUCAUCAACGUCAUCUACAUCUACAACAACAACAACGACAUUAGCUCCGAAUAUAAAUCCAGAAACGGAGAAUCAAGUACAACAGGAAGCGAACAACGAGGCAGCUGGAUCAGAGAACAACGAGGUGAGAGUACAAUUCGAGGAUUCAGCAAACGAAGCAUUGGAACCAUUGGCACCAUUGGACGACGUGGAAGUCAGCGAGGACGACAACAGGAACAAGCGAUUUUUGAGUUUUGGAGGAAAUAAUGGUGGUGGUGCUGGUGGUGGUAGUGGAAGUGGAGGUGGAUCUGGAAACUUUUUAUUUGACAUCAUAAGGCAAGCAGCCGACGGGGCGGCAAGAGCGGCAGGGACGGUUUAUCGUGUGGUGGCGGGCACGCAAAGCCUCGGUCUAGGUCUAAGUGCUUCGCGUGACCUAGGCCCGACCCCAAUGUCCUCAUCUACCGGAGUCCCCGCAGCUGUACCCGCAGCCGCCCCCGCCCCAGCCGCCCCUGUGCCCGGAGCUGGUACGCAACCAUCGCUUGUUGCGGGUAGUGGAUCAGCAGGUACUAGUAGUGGUGGUGGUGGUGGUGCUGGUGCUGCAUCAGCAUCAGCUGGUUCUGAUUCACAAGCUAAAGGUAGUGAUGCAACUCAAGAAGCUGUACCUGGACCAGUUACAAGACUUUUAGUUAUUGCUAAUCGUGGAAUUUCAAAUUUACUUCAAGAUCUCAUUCUGCGUUUGGCAGCGACUAGCGAAAGAAUUGUCAACUUCAAGGCACGAUUGAUCACAUCAAUUAUUUGAAGUGAUUAAAUUGAUUUAACAUGGAAAUGAUCUACAUGGAUCGCGGGUACGACGUUUUGACGACAAAAAAAAUUAAAAGCUAAACAACAACAAUAUAAAUAAUUUAUAAUUUUGUUCGUCCUUUGUUCCCGGGAUCUAUUUUUUAAAUUUGUUAAAAAAGAAAAAAAUGUUGAAUUAUUAUUUUUAUUAUUUUUUUGUAAUUUAGUUUUAUCUUGAUCUCCACUUCACACUCGAUUUGUUAAUUUUAAAAAAUAUUUUAUAUUUUUUGAAUAAUCAUUUUAUUAUUUUCUAUUUUGUUUUUUUUUUUUUUAAAUAUAUUUUUUAUUUUGACUUUCAUUUUAUUUGUUAAACAACUGACCGAGCGUGAAGACUCGUAAAUUGUGAAAAUCAUAGUGAUCAUUUAAAUUCAUGACAACGAUUUUAAUUUAAAUGAAAAAUUAUUCAA